UCACAUAAUAGCCGGCGGGUGAAGGCGUGGUGAGUGUGGCUGAAUACGAGGCGAGUGUGUGUGUGUGUGUGUCUGUGUGUGAGUGUGUGUGUGUGUGUGUGUGUGUGUGUGCUGUAGAACCGGAGGAUGAACAUGGACAGCGGCUGCACGGCGGCUCCGCUCCCCGGAGGAAGCUGAAGCUCAGUCAACACCUACAGCGGGACAUUGAAGAGCAGAGACAAGAUGACGGAGGGACGACUUUGCCAAGUGCAGCUGCUGGACGACAGGAAGCUCGAGCUGCUGGUUCAGCCGAAGCUUCUGUCCUACGAACUCCUCGACUUGGUGUCGUCCCACUUCAACCUCAAAGAGAAGGAAUUCUUCGGACUCGCGUUUUGCGAUGACAAUGGUCAGAGGAAGUGGUUGCAGAUGGACCGCAGGGUCCUCGAACACGACUUCUCCAAGAAGCCCGGCUCCAUCGCGCUCAACUUCCUGGUCAGGUUUUAUGUAGAAAGCAUCACGCAGCUGAAGGACAUCAUCACCGUGGAGCUGUUCUUCCUCAACGCGAAAUCCGCCGUCUGCAGCGGGAUCAUCGAAGUGGAAAGUGAAAACGUCUUCAGGUUAGCCGCGAAUGCUUUGCAGGAGGCGAAGGGCGACUACACGAGUGAUGAAAACACUCGGGCCGACUUGAAGAAGCUUCCAACUCUUCCCACCAAAGUUCUCAAGGAGCAUCCAUCACUCGCUUACUGUGAGGAUCGAGUGGUGGAAUAUUACAAACAGCUGAAGGGGGUUUCCCGAGGACAAGCCAUUGUUCAGUAUUUGACGUUAGUGGAAUCUCUGCCCACGUACGGCGUGCACUACUACGAGGUGAAGGAUAAACAAGGGAUCCCCUGGUGGCUCGGACUCAGCUACAAGGGCAUCGGCCAGUACGACCUGCAGGACAAAUUAAAACCUCGAAAGCUUUACCAGUGGAAGCAGCUGGAAAACUUGUACUUCCGAGAGAAAAAGUUUGCCGUGGAGGUCAACGACCCGCACAGGCGAGCAGUAACCAAGCGCACCUUCGGGCAGACGGGCCUGCUCAUCCACACCUGGUAUGCCAGUCACUCUCUGAUCAAAACCAUCUGGGCCAUGGCGAUCAGCCAGCACCAGUUCUACCUGGACAGAAAGCAAAGCAAAGCUAAAUUAGGAACAGCUAGGAGUUUGGAGGAAAUGGCCAUGGAUCUCACGGAGCACGGAGGAGCGAAAAUAAACCGACUGGGAGACGCUGUCCUGAAGAAUAACUUAAUAAGAGCCAGCAAUGGGAGCCUGGUGUCCACAGGUUCUGCAGACUCGGAGAUGAGCGAGGAACAGAAGAAGGAGAAACUCUCCGAGCUGAGGAAGAAGGAGCAGGACCUCCAGGACAUCUUGGCCAAGAAAACGAAAGAGCUGAAAAAGAUUUGUCUGCGGGAGGCGGAGAUUACGGGCAAACUGCCGAAGGAGUAUCCACUGGGCUCCGGCGAGCGGCCGCCGCAGGUCAGACGGCGAGUCGGCACGGCCUUCAAGUUGGACGAGCUGUUCCCCUACAACGAGGAUCCUUUCCUGAGGAACCUGGAGAGCAGGUUUGCUCUGCAGCAGAAGAUCGUGGAGGCGGCGAAAAAGCUCGCCAACGAGUCCGAGCUGUGCAAAACGGUGAAGAAGAAGAGGAGGAGAAACUGUCUGGACGCGAUGCACAGACUCCAGCAGAUCGAGGACGAGAUGAACCAGUACAGGAUCAAGAAGGGGAAGAAGCCCACGCAGCGGGCCUCGGUCAUCAUCGCAGAUGAACUCGUGCGUUCAGCCUGCAGCUCCCUGUCUAGUCUCCCACUGGACGACGAUGACUCAGACGGCGGCGGUCAGAGGCCGCGGUCGCGCUCGGUCCAAGGCUCCCCUCAGCUCAGCCCGAUGCGAUCGCUGGGGGCAGAUUAUGAUUUGGACCGACAGGGAACUCCGAGGGAAAAUCACAACAGCAAGAACCACAGCAGAUUAGCUUUUGAAGGACAGGAGGGUUCCCACUACUACCACAAUCCAAGAGAGGUCUCCUCCACCAACAGUAGUCCCUAUAAAACCCUUCCCAGACCCCCCAGGGAUCCACGCAGCAUGCCUCCCACCCCGGUUAUGACCCGCAAUGCCUACAGCAGCAGCCAGCUCAGGUGCGAGGGGUCUCCUCACGGCUUCAGGCAUCGCAGCGGAAGUCUGGAGUCACACCCUCAAGUGAGAAAAGACACCGACUCGGAGAAGCCGGUGUUCAUCUUGUCUCGUGCCCAUCGCAGCAACAGCACGGAGGUGUUGGAGGACUGCUCGUCCUACACCAGUCAGUCCAGUCUGGACUACUGCGGGGCCGCCAACUCCCACUACAGUACGCUGGACUCCCGCACCUCAACCAUGCAUCGUCUCCACAGGAAGGUGGAGGUGUACGGGAACACCGGGAGCAUGCCCAACUUGGUGCAGCACCAUUCCGGUUGCAGUUAUUCGUGCGAGACCUCGGCACACUACGCACCGAGUGCCUACUACGUCACAGACUACCCCUGCUCGGACAUGGAGCCCUACGCUAACGGUGCCUAUGUGUAUGAGAACGACGUGGAAGGCCACUACAACGUCAACCCUUCCUACCAAAUGAAUGGGUUCCGUGGACAUUACAGCAGUGACCGGGCAGACGGACUCUCCCAGAAUCCCUAUGCGACGGUGAGGCCGCCGAGGAACCGAGAGGGGCCCAGAACCGAGCUCCUGGCCAAGAACAUGCAGAAGGCCCUGGUGGCGGAGCAUCUGAAAGGCUGGUACCACCGGAGCCGGGGGCCCAGGGACGGAGGGAGAGGGAUGCUGGCUGGAUACGACUUCGACAGCGGCUCCCAGCUCAGCCUGGGCUACCAGACCAUGCCGGCGGCCUUCAGCCACUCCAGCAGAACCACCUCCUUCUCCUCAGUGUCCUCAGUGGAGAGCGCAGGAAACUGGCGCAACCAGCUGGCGGUCGGCCUGACGGAGUACGACGCGCCCGUCACACCACAGUACCCUGGAGCUCCCGCUUCCCCGUACAACCGCAGUCCCACACACAGCAGGUUUUCUGCUGAAAGCAAAGUGUCUGACACGCUGCCUAAACGCUCUGAGUCAGUUGAGGCGGUUGGCGCUGAGGCCACUAGUGCAGACGAACCAUCGGCGAACCGUUCUAGCACUUAAGGAUAUCGCCUGGACGGAGGCUACACGAGCAUCCGCUGAAGAGGACCAAAUGAAACUUUGGCACAAAUGAAACCAGGGCCAGCAGCACAUGAAGGGGAUGAAGUUGGAAAAACAGGUCGGACACAAACUUUUUGGGCGGCCGUAACUGCGUCUCGGGAGACGUUUCCAUCUGUGGCGGUGAUAGUGUGCGCUGUCGUGUUAACGUAACCUCGGAACACAGUGAUGACACUGUCGAAUGACUUUCCCAUGUGCCUUGGAUUGGAUGGAUUGUACAGGUGGAAUGAGAAUGUGUCAGAAAAACAACUUUGAGAUGUUGCACAACGGCACUAGACUCAAAUGCUAUUGUGUAUUAAUGAAAAAAAGAGGCAACAUGCGUUUUUACUGAACCCAACUCCUUGUAUUUAACUACUGUCUUAUACGAAAAACAGUAGACUAUUGAAUAAAAAUGAUUUUCACCACUUUUGUCUCAUCAAAAUAUGAUAAAACAAUAUUCAUAACAUCCAAAUUGAAAACAAAGCUUGAAAUGUUCACAGAUGUGACGUGGCAAGAAUUCCAUCGUCAUUGGAGCCGACUGUUUAUUCGCUGAAUUUCCAUUUCUUUCUUUCAUCAUACAUUGAAUCAGAACUUAUCAUGGCAAUAUUGUUUAUAAAACCAUGUGUUCAUGUUGGUGCCGUAGUGUUUUAAGAUGCAUGGUGAGAACAUAGACCUUUUGAUAAGAACUUCUUUUUAUAUUAACAGAGGACCACUGCCAUUAAAAAACCAUAUCCAUGACUCCUUAUCUCUCUUUUCUCACAUGUUUGUACAGUCAGUGUGUAGUGAUAUGUUGUUAGAUGUUGUCAUGAAAUAUUUUCCACUGGGAACACGGAUGUGAAUAAAUACAUGUAUGACACAGA